CAUCAGAAAUGGAUGGGCAAACUCGGGGGUCCUGUUCGGGUGGGGCCAAGCAGGACCCUUCCUCCACUGGUAUGUGGCCACCAGCCGGAGAAGCCAACCGAGGACAUACCAGCCAAGUGCUGCUAAGAGCUGCCCUGGGCACACUGGACUUCAGCCUGCUGUAUGACCAGGAGAACAGUGCACUCCACUGCACCAUCAGCAAGGCCAAGGGCCUGAAGCCAAUGGACCACAACGGACUGGCAGACCCCUACGUCAAGCUGCAUCUGCUGCCAGGAGCCAGCAAGGCAAAUAAGCUUAGAACAAAAACCCUGCGUAACACUCUGAAUCCCACAUGGAACGAGACCCUCACUUACUACGGGAUCACAGAUGAGGACAUGAUCCGCAAGACCCUGCGGAUCUCUGUGUGUGAUGAGGACAAAUUCCGCCACAACGAGUUCAUCGGGGAGACGAGAGUGCCCCUGAAGAAGCUGAAACCCAACCACACCAAGACAUUCAGCAUCUGCCUGGAGAAGCAGCUGCCGGUGGACAAGACGGAAGACAAGUCCCUGGAAGAGCGAGGCCGCAUCCUCAUCUCCCUCAAGUACAGCUCACAGAAGCAGGGCCUGCUGGUGGGCAUUGUGCGGUGUGCACACCUGGCUGCCAUGGAUGCCAACGGCUACUCGGACCCCUAUGUGAAAACAUACCUGAAGCCAGAUGUGGACAAGAAAUCCAAACAUAAGACAGCAGUGAAGAAGAAAACCCUGAACCCGGAGUUCAACGAGGAGUUCUGUUACGAGAUUAAGCAUGGGGACUUGGCCAAGAAGACCCUGGAGGUCACUGUUUGGGAUUACGACAUUGGGAAAUCCAACGAUUUCAUUGGCGGCGUGGUUCUGGGCAUCAACGCCAAAGGCGAGCGUCUGAAGCACUGGUUUGACUGCCUGAAGAACAAGGACAAGCGGAUCGAGCGCUGGCACACGCUCACCAACGAGCUCCCAGGGGCUGCGCUCAGUGACUGACUGCCCACCUGCUGCCACCACCCGUGCCCCCAGGCCCACACAGGCCUGGCCCUGGGCUUCCUUGGCUGUCACGAAGGGCUGUGGCCCCCAUGCUGGGAAAGAUCCAAGACCCACUCGGACACAGAGCCACUGCAACCCCGUUUGGUGGACGCAGAGCACCCAGGCUCUCCGAGGGACACGGGAGGGCAGAGCGCUGGGCCUGCUGUCCGCCUCCUAGGGCAGAGGGGCAGGUGGUAGGAGAAGGAGGACUUGGCCACCCAGUGGCAAGGACCUGCUAGAGGUCAACGGGGCAGAGAGUACAGGCAGCUGGGGUGCUCAGGUUGGCGCCAGAGAAAGCAAAUGAGGGAGACUGGGCAGUGGAGAAUGGGACUUAGAUGGGGGAGCCAAAGGAGCUUCCGGCCACAUCCAUUCCUCUCUGGCAUGGCUGGGCAGGUGGAAAGAGGCUGUGAGCUGAGUCUGCAGCUCCUGGAGGCCCCAGGGUGAGGGCAUCACUCAAGCCCCGCCAGUGGGCGAGACACGGGGCCUGCCCUCGACUUCUAGGCCGGGAGCUGGAUGUAAACCAGGGCUGAGGAAGGCCAAGCUAGCUUUGUGCCUGCAGUGAUGGGCACAGGGAAGGCUUCUGGGAGGAGGCGGUGCCUCCAGAAGGACUUAAAGGGGAGAGGUCUCUAGGCAGAGCUGGAAGAACAUCCUCGGUAGGCAGUGGGAGUGAUCUGUAAAAACCUGGGGCAGGGAGAGGGGGCCCAUGUGGGUGGUUUUAGGUUUGUUAGGCAGGGGCCGGGCUUGUAUCAGGUGGGGAAGCUGAUGGUGCAGGGUCCGGUUCAGCUCUCAGACUGCUCCCAGCUCUGCCCAGCCUGAGUAUUCGUCAGCUGCAAUGGAGAAGAGAAAAUGGCACCUCUGGCACAAAAAGAAGCAAACUCCUCUUUCCCCAGCCCUCUGGGUUCAAGCAGGAUAUUCAGGGCCCUCAGGGUUGCCCGUGUUCUGGUCCUGUUGUGAUGCCAUCUGAUGGCCCUUUCAGGAGCACUCAGUGGCAGUGCAGGGCCUGGUUUCUGGGAAAUCCAGGAGCUGAGAGGCCCUGCCAACUUUUCUCUCCGGGACGGAGCUGAGAGCAUCUCAGUCUUGGGGUUCAGGCAUGAAGAGCCUUCCUGGAGCUGUGGCUGAACAAAUGCAGAGCCAGGGUGUUUCGGGGCUGCUGCAGAGCCCCACCAUGUCCUCCCUUGGUAUGUGAGGACACGGGGGCCGAGGGAAAGUGAUCUGCCCCCAGCCUCGAAGCCCUAGCACAGCUGGGACAGGAUCCUCGGCUCCCACCCCAGGCCGAACACUGGACACCACAUUGCAGGGGUGACGGGGUGCUAGGCCCGUGUGCUGAGUCCCACAGCUGUCCCACACUAGGCUUACAGGCAUGAGAGUUGAACCUUCUGCUUCGAGCACAGCACAUCACCACCAAGUCCAGAGACAUGGGUUCAAAUCCCAAGUGCCCAUCAGCCCUUUCAGUUGGCAAUGAAACGACUGUAAGCCCCUUGCAGUACCCAGCCAUACUUGUUCACAGAAACUUGGCUUCCCCACCUGAAGGAAGUCUGCCUUGUGGCAUGGGGUGGCAGGCAGUGCCUUCAUGAAUCAACCCUGUGAGAAGAGUGGAGCACCCUCCCUUAUGAGGCUCAGAGUCUGAGUGGUUUGCCGAAGUCACACGGCUGGGUAAGGGGGCAGCAGGACUCAGAUACAGGCCCUUUGGGUAAUAGGACUGAAGAGGUCCUCAAGGGGCUCCAGCCUGAACGGGAAACCCUGGGGCCCAAGGCAGGAGGUAACCUAUUUUUAAGGGUCCCUAUAUUCUGGGUGAGCACCAGGUAUCUUCUCCCUUUCCCUUGCUUCAUUUUGACAGAGGCCUCAGCAGCCAAUGAAGAGGUGAAAGUACCAAAUGGCAACGCUGAAAGGGUGUGUAGACCCCAUCUAGUGUGACGUCCUUAUUAGACACAGGGAAAAGGGCCUGGCUGGGACAAAUAACCAGGGCUCCUGGCACCCAGUCCAGGACCCUACUGCCCCAGGCUGCCCUGUAAGAAGGUGCCUGGUGAUCACAGGGAUUGUCAAGAUGGGAGGCGGGGCUUCUGGCCACUUAGCUCAAGAGCAACGUGAAGCGCCCUGGCCGGAAGUGACCCCUGGUCCGAGGCUCUGGCUCUGUCCUAGGCACAGUACACACUGCGUCUCUGUUAAACACUGAAAAGCAGCAUCGACUCUGCCUUUGACCCCAAACAGGCAUCUUUCCUCUGGCCAUUAGCCCAACAAAGACAGGAAAUCUGAUGACAAAAAAAGAAAAAUCGUUCCAAAGUUAGGUGUCACUAACCAGGAGGUCACCCUGUGCGCUGCACGCCCCAAGGCGCCCAGGUCUUCGCCCCGCCCACCGCCGCCACUAGCCAAUCCCCGACGGGCCCGUCUUCCAACCCUGAGGCGGUAACCUCCUGAUCUCUAGUGGCGAGAACGAGGAACUGCACCUCCCCGGCCCGCCCGCCCGCCGAGCCUGGGCUGUGCAUGUGCUGCCCUUUGUCCCUUCUCAAACCGAGUGAACCUCCCGAUGCAUGGACUCUUGGCUGUCGUCGACGCAGACUCGUACACUGCUUCACACCGUUUUGCUACCAUGUGACGGCUGCAGAAACCGUCCUCAAAUUGCAGCCCCAGGACAAUUUUUGUACUUUGUCUGACCUGCCCAGAGGUGUCCUUUAUAAGUCUUAUUUGUUAAUAUUUAUAACGACAUAUAACCCAAAGGUCAAUGGAAACGUCACACUGCUCUCAUAUCGGUUUGGAGAUUCAUUUACUAGAGCGGAGGGAUGUGUAGAAUGAAGGAGGGUGAGGCAGCUGGGACCUUGUCAAGAACCUAUCUGAGGCAGGUACCAAGUUAUAGAGGGGGAAACCAGCUCCAGCGCGGUGCUAAUCACACAGCUGGCCGCUGACAUGACCAGAAACCCAGGCCUCCCGAGACUGCACACAAAAGCAGUGUGCCAUGCUAUCAACCACUGAGUCCACAAACGGCUGUGGAGUGUUAGCACUGGUGCCAGUCAGCUGGCACAGUCGUAGAUGAGAUCACCCACAGACGAAAUGCAAUAAUGACAUGUGAGAAGGUGACAGGAAAAAAAUACAGGCACAAGGGAGUGGGGAGGAGAGGCUGUGUGGACACAGGGAGGUCGUGUGGGCGCCCGGAUGGUGACUCCUGGGCUGAAACAUUGCUCAGUGAGGAGGGAGCAGCCAGGGCCCCGGAGGCAGGCGGGCCACGGUCCGGUCACGUAGGGUUCCUUAAGUGUGGGAAAGGACCUGCUCCACUUCUCCUGGCUGGCCUGCAGGCGAGGGUCAUCCUCAUGAUCCAGGCGGUGACCAGGCCCACUCUGGAGGUCCCUGUGGCGUAGCGGUGGCUGGGUUCUACCCAGAUCCUCCUGCCCUGAGACUGUGGUCAACACCCUGCUGGCCAGUGUCCCUGUACGUGAUAUAUAUCCUGCCUCUUCUUUUCCCUCCCCCCAAACCCUCCUCCCUAUGUAC